CAGGUGGAAUUUAUAUUGAUAAAAUUAUGCUGACGUCUUGCUGCCGUUAAACAUGAAGAAAGGAAAUUGUGGUUAAAACUGACAGGUUGAACAGCUGAUCUGUGUUCAGCUUCUGCCUUGUAUAUUAUGGUGAUAUUUAACACAUGGAAUGAGGAAAGUUGGUCUUGGAUCAGACCUUCAGGAACGUUUCUCCUUCAAAACAACAACAGGAAGUGCCUGUGUGUAGAAAUACUUCCAACCAAUAAUAAACCCUGGACCCGCCCCUCAAAUAGUUAUGACAAGCACGUAAACCUAUGAAAUAGCGCAAGUGACUGUUAUUGGCAGAUGCGUGGCUAAUGAGAUCACAACGAUUCCACUUCCGUGAGUUUGACGUCAACGACGUUCUCCGUCCACUGUGCGCAAACACCAGUGCAGGCAGUGGGAGAAGUUGGCUGGCGGUGGUGAAGAUGGCGGAUGGAGACAGCGGGAGUGAGCGCGGUGGCGGAGGCAGUGGUGGAGGUGGUGGAGGUGGUGGAGGAGGAGGCGGUGGUUUCUCGCAGUUCCAGCGAGAACAAGAGACGCAGGAAUUGGCGUCCAAGCGCCUCGACAUCCAGAACAAACGUUUCUACCUGGACGUCAAGCAAAACUCCAAGGGCCGCUUCAUCAAGAUCGCCGAGGUCGGCGCCGGUGGCUCGAAAAGUCGCUUGACCCUCUCCAUGUCCGUGGCGGCGGAGUUCCGUGAUUACCUCGGCGAUUUCAUCGAGCAUUACGCACAGCUUGGGCCCAGUAGCCCAGAGCAGAUCGCACAGUCCUCAGGGGGAGGCCCAGGAGACGACGGCGGCCCUCGGCGGGCUCUUAAAAGCGAGUUCUUGGUGCGUGAGAAUCGUAAAUACUACCUAGAUCUGAAGGAGAAUCAGCGCGGCAGGUUCCUGCGCAUUCGUCAGACCGUGAAUCGAGGGCCGGGCUUUGGUCUCGGAGGCCCGGGCGGCGGCGGAGCCCAAGCGGGCCAAACGAUCGCUCUCCCCGCGCAAGGCUUAAUCGAGUUCCGCGACGCGCUCGCCAAACUCAUCGACGAUUACGGUGGAGACGACGAGGAGCUAAGUGGCGGUGCCGGGGCUGGCGCGGCCUCCGGCGGUUAUAACGAAUUGCCUGAGGGCACCUCCAUCAUGGUGGACUCCAAGCGCUUCUUUUUCGACGUCGGCUCUAACAAGUACGGCGUGUUUCUUCGCGUGAGCGAGGUGAAGCCCAGCUACCGGAACUCCAUCACGAUUCCGUUCAAAGCCUGGAGUAAGUUCGGCGGUGCCUUCUGCCGCUACGCCGAGGAGAUGAAGGAGAUCCAGGAGAGACAGCGCGAUAAAAUGUACGAGCGGAGAGACGAGUCUGAGGGGGAGGACGUGGAUGACGACUGAUGCUACACAAAGUUAAAUAAUAAUAAUAAUUAAAAAAAAAAGAUCUGUAUGUAGUGCUCAUAUGAUGAGAUCCGGUAAAAAAAAUGUGCAGAAACAAGUGAAGAAAGUGCAUGAUGAAUCGGACUUUAAAAUAGCCUACUCAAAUAUUCGUGGCGUGAUAUUCAUUUGACAGAAAAGAAAAAAAUAUAUAUAGCUCUGUGAAGUUUGUGUGAUGAGGAUAAACCGUCUAGAGCCAUUGGGCGAGUUAUGUUUUAUUCGGGGAAAGUUAUGAUUUAUUAUAGUCCUAAACCAGCAAGUUUUAAUUGUCUAAGGUGACAGUUACUCUUUUAUAACACUAAUGCUGCUGAAAUAAAGUAGUCAGAAAAAAAGAAAGCAUAUUGGUCAGUAUAUUUAAAAAAAAUAAAUAAAAAGUUUUGAUUUUUUCGUUAUAAUAUUGAUG